CAAAAAUGGGAUGCAAGACCCUCUGUGCGGUUUUUGUGGUCAUUGUCAGCGUCUCGAUCGUAGUUGUUCCUAUGCUACUAAGCAAAUAUCUGUUCCAAAUCGGUGAGGGGCCUCGAAUCGAUGAACAUGAAUGGUGGGGGAAAGGACAAGAGAGCCACGAGCAGAAAGAAGACACUUCCAUUAACCGAAUUUAUAUGAGUUUAUCGGAUGAAAUCCUGUCUGAUCUUAAGGACAGACUUUCUAAGACUUACUUCUUUGAAAACUUGGAGGGAAUCGAUUGGGAAUAUGGAAUAAACCCUGACUAUAUGAAACAACUUGUUGAGUACUGGAAAACAAAGUUUGAUUGGCGCAAACAGGAGACACUUAUUAACACUUAUCCUCAGUUUAAGACAAAGAUAAGCGGAAUAGAGGUUCACUUUGUGCAUUAUAAACCAGAUCAACUAAAAGAAGGUCAGCGUUUGAUUGCUAUAAUGAUGGUGCAUGGAUGGCCUGGGUCAUUUUAUGAGUUCUACAAAGUCAUUCCAAAAUUGAUUGCUGCUUCCACAGAUGAUUAUGCCUUUGCAAUUGUCUGCCCCUCUAUACCAGGCUAUGGUUUGUCUGAAGCACCUCAUAAGCCAGGCUUUGAUACAUUUGCUGCUGGGCGUGUUUUUACCAAGCUGAUGGAUCGGCUUGGAUAUGAGUCGUAUUAUGUUCAGGGUGGAGACUGGGGCAGUGCAAUUACUAAGGCAAUGGCAAUUAUGAAUCCAAGGUGAGUGUAGAUGCUUUUAACCAUAAAUCCUGCUUCUUAUAUCUACUUGUUACAUGGCUUUUGAUGGUACUGCGAGAUAAUCUGUUUUGACAUAAAAUUAUGAGAAUAUAUGCUGCUGUAAUAAGAAAUAUCACACAUCUUUUAAUACUGCAGGCUUGCUUGUAAAGUUGAACUAGGGUCAACUUCAGAGGGGUGCAGGCAUAAAUGACUGGUAUGGGUUCUGUUGCUGGUGACUUCUGUUCUCAUAUUGAAAUGGGUAGUCCCAAGGUCUUUGUUAUAUGCAGGGUAGUCAAAAUGCGCUGGCAACCGGCACUAUCACCGGCUACUUUAAGGCUUUUGCCGCCUGUAACCUGGGAAACACAUGUCCCUAGUGAUAUGUGUUCCCCUACCUGGAAAACAAAUAUCCCUAGUGAUAUGUGUUCCCCCACCUUGGAAACAUAUCCCUAGUGCUAUGUGUUCCCCAACAAGGGAAACACAUAUCCCCAGUGAUAUGUGUUCCCCAACCAAGGAAACACAUAUCACUAGUGAUAUGUGUUCCCCCACCUGGGAAACACAUAUCCCUAGUGAUUAGUGAUGUGUUCCCCCACCUGGAAAACACAUAUCCCUAGUGCUAUGUGUUCCCCAACCAGGGAAACACAUAUCACUAGUGAUAUGUGUUCCCCCACCCGGGAAACACAUAUCCCUAGUGAUAUGUCUUCCCCCACCUGGGAAACACUUAUCCCUAGUGCUAUGUGUUCCCCAACCAGGGAGACACAUAUCUCUAGUGCUAUGUGUUCCUCCACCUGGGAAACACACAUCCCUAGUGAUAUGUGUUCCCCAACCAGCGAAACACAUAUCACUAGUGAUAUGUGUUCCCCCACCUGGGAAACACAUAUCCCUAGUGAUAUCUGUUCCCCUACCUGGGAAACACAUAUCCCUAGUGAUAUCUGUUCCCCCACCUGGGAAACACAUAUCCCUAGUGAUCUGUGUUCCCCUACCUGGGAAACACAUAUCCCUAAUGAUAUGUGUUCCCCCACCUGGGAAACACAUAUCCCUAGUGAUAUGUGUUCCCCCACCUGGGAAACACAUAUCCCUAGUGCUAUGUGUUCCCGAACCAGGGAAACAAAUUUCCCUUGUGAUAUGUGUUCCCCAACCAGGGAAACACAUUUCACUAGUAAUAUGUGUUCCCCCACCUGGGAAACACAUAUUCCUAGUGAUUAGUGAUGUCUUCCUCUACCUGGAAAACACAUAUCCCUAGUGAUAUGUUCCCCAACCAGGGAAACACAUUUCACUAGUGAUAUGUGUUCCCCCACCUGGGAAACACAUAUCCCUAGUGAUAUGUGUUCCCCAACUAGGGAAACACAUUUCACUAGUGAUAUGUGUUCCCCCACCUGGGAAACACAUAUCCCUAGUGAUAUGUGUUCCCCAACCAGGGAAACACAUAUCACUAGUGAUAUGUGUUCCUAGUGAUAUGUGUUCCCCCACCUGGGAAACACAUAUUCCUAGUGAUAUGUGUUCCCCCACCUGGGAAACAGAUAUCCCUAGUGCUAUGUGUUCCCGAACCAGGGAGACACAUUUCACUAGUGAUAUGUGUUCCCCCACCUGGGAAACACAUAUCCCUAGUGAUAUGUGUUUCCCUACCUGGGAAACACAUAUCACUAGUGAUAUGUGUUCCCCCACGUGGGAAACACAUAUUCCUAGUGAUAUGUGUUCCCCCACCUGGGAAACACAUAUCCCUAGUGAUAUGUGUUUCCUCCACCUUGGAAAUGCAUAUCCCUAGUGCUAUGUGUUCCCCAACCAGGGAAACACAUAUCCCUAGUGCUAUGUGUUUUCCCUACCUUGUAAACACGUGUCCCUAUUGAUAUGUGUUCCCCCACCUGGGAAACACAUAUCCCUAGUGAUAUGUGUUCUCCUGACCUGUUAAAAAGAUAUCUCUAGUGGUAUGUGUUUCCCCACCUUGGAAACACAUAUCCCUAGUGAUUUAUAAUCCUCUUCCUGGGAAACACAUAUAUCCCUAGUGAUAUGUGUCUUCCACCUGGGAAAAACGUAUCCUAGUGUAUGUCCCCUGCCUGGAAAACACGUAUCCCCAGUGAUAUGUGUUUUUCCUCCUGGGAAACACGUAUCCCUAGUGAUACGUGUUCCUCUACCUCUGAAACACAUAUCCCUAGUGAUAUGUGUUACCCUGCCUGGGAAACACAUAUCCUUAGUGAUUUAUAAUCCUCUUCCUGGGAAAGAGAUAUAUCCAUAGUGAUAUGUGCUUCCCUACCUUGGAGACAUACCUCUCUAGUGAUGUGUUCCCCUACCUGGAAAACACAUAUCCCUUGUGAUAUGUGUUCUUCCUCCUGGGAAACAUAUAUCCUAAGUGAUAUGUGUUCCUCUACGUGAGAAACACAUAUCCCUAGCGAUAGUGAUUUACCCAACCUAGGAAACACAUAUCCCUAGUGAUAUGUGUUCCCCUACCCAGGAAAGACACAUUCGUCUCCGGAUCCAGUAUAUUACUGAGAGGGGCCACAUUCUGCUUUAAGUAUUUAUAAAACUGUUACGUUCUCACUGCUUCAGCUCUAGGUUUUUUUCUUUUUCCUAAGUUAAAGAUUUUUCCUAUUUGUCACCAGGUCUCUUUGGAGUUCUGCAUAUAUUGAUAUUAGACAUGCCUUUGCUGAUAGACUCCCGUUUCUUCCGUCCACAAGUUUGUUUGAACCUCUUCUUUUUAUCUCGCUUUAGUUGUCUCUGUUUUGAAUUAUUAAUGUUAUGAGAAAUAUUCUCCCCAAGGGAUUGCAAGUUUUCUUUUUCUGUUUCGCAUUCCUGAUCGAACCAUUUGUUUUGUGGUUCACAUUUAACUUUGCUGCCUCUCGCUUCUUUGCAUGCUUCCACCAAAGUUUCACUUAGUAAUUCAUAUGCAGUAUCGAUGCUAUCAUGUUUGACAGCUGCUUAGUCACUAACCUGGAUUGAACUGUUUACAUAUAUCAAUAGUGAUAUGUCUUCCUCUACUGGUGUUUGUUGUUUGCCGGAAACACAUAAUCCGAGAGGUUUUCCGCUACCUUCCCCCUUAUUCUCCUGCGACGGUAAAGAACCACUAUGUGGAUGUUUUUGACAACCCUGUGAAUGUCUUUUUGACAAUAUGUACAUAGGCGACAUAUGAGAACCACCAAGGCUUAACAAGGCCACUUUCUUAUUUUAAGCAAUAACCCACACCCCUUUCAGGGGAUAAAAAAGAAUGAGAAUAAUUAGAGGCAGGGAAAGCUGAGGGGAAUGGAAAGAUAACCUGCAGAAGAGGCAUUCUAGCUAGUGUUUUAUGAAGUGUCUCAAUGGCCAGCAACCAGUGAAAGAUUUUCAAAGUGACUGACAGCUGGCUAUAUAGAGGCUUAUUAUUUAAGAUUGCACAUUAGCAAAAAUCAGAGAGAGGUUAAGGGCAGGGUACUGCUUGCGCCAAGUGGGGAUCUGCAGUGGGGACUCCAAUAACCUGAAGUGGAUGGUGAUGCUUGCUGGAAAAUUAAAUGUCUUUUAAGUUUGUCAAUAGUCCAUUUUCGAGUUCGCUAUUACUGCUGAAUUAAAGAAGUGAAGACGCAUUUUUUACAGCCUUAGCCUCGAUCUGAAGUAAUAUAUUCACAAAUUCCAACGAGAAAAAAGACGUCUUUAUUACUCUGUCUAUUGUGUAUAUUCAAAUUUCAAACACUUGCCAGAAUUUCUGAUUAUUUUACUUUACGUCGAGGCUAACCCUAUAUGAAUGUGUCGUUAGUGUUUGUUUUCAACGGUAAUUUUUAAUUCGAAACUGGACUAUUCCCUUGCUUUUUUGAAAGACACUGCAUUCUAAAUUUCAUCUGAAAUCUUUUUAUUUUCUUCCACAGUCACAUUCGAGGACUGCACCUCAAUAUGAUUACUGGAUCAAUCACCCUCUCUCCAUUUGCCUAUUUACAGGCAAAACUUUUCUUUUCAGAGAAAGAACAAAAGAAAAUCUUCCCAAUCCAGAAAUUCUUUUCUAAACUGCUGGCUGAAUCGGGAUAUUUUCAUUUGCAAGGUUAGUGUACAGGGUAACCACUGCUGUUUAAAACCAAAAUUAUGCUGGAUAUCUUGUGAAUGGCCACUUUUUAACAAUUUCUUGAAAACUCAUAACCAAAUUGAGUGGGUUUCCCAGUAGUUUAAUUGUUUUGUAAAAAGGCUGGAUUGAUGCACCUAGAUGAUGGAUGUAAGAACUGUUCUCUCUGCACAUCAUAACUAUUUAAUUUUACAAUUCUCUCUCAGUUAUUUUAGAUUGUCAUCAGAGUAUAAAUGAUAUUAUGCGUAGUUAGUUAAAUAUUUUUUACUUUUAUAUUUUAUAGGUAAUUCCAAUUAUUUAAUUACAAAUUGUGUCCCCAAAUUAGUACGGGGUACGUACGUUGUUCCCAACCUAUACGGCUCUGACACAUUAAUAAAGUUUUCUAUUCUAUUCUAUGAAAAAAUAAAUGAAUACAUAACUUAGAAAUUAUAAUAACGUUUAUAGUAAUCAGACUAAUAAUAAUGAUAAUAAUAGUUUUUAAUAAUUAUUAUUAUUGAUCAAUUUUAAUUAUUAAAAUUGAUCAAUUUAUUCCAACGGUGACAGGAGGUCUGGAAGUAAUAAAGAAAGAAGAUCAAAAUUUACUUACAUUUAUUGUAAAUUGACAUGAUAAUCUUUUUCAGUGAUAAAAUAUGUGCAAAAGUGUUCCGUACUGCCUCGUACCUCAGGAAAUUGUUGAAUUUUGGGAAAAUAUGGACUUCCUUAAAACCUACAUCACGGCCAAGCUCUGAAGCCAGAAGUCGAUUUAACCGGAAAAUUUGAUGACCUGUACGGAAGACCAGGGAAUUGGUGCCAUAUCCCUACGAGUUGGCGUAUGGGUGGGAGUACUUAGAAAAGUUAAUUCAUCCGUGGGGGAAGUAUGCCAGAUCUUUUCUGGAACUAUUAAAACUGCAGAUUUUCAUUUAAGGACAGAAUAAACACGAAAAUAAUCCUUGUAGUUUUAGCUAAAGCAAAGAUUAUUGGCAUGUAAAAGUAAGAUUUCAAAUGAAUUAUCUAUUAGCCUAUUAUAACCUCAUUGUAUGACAUUCUUUUUAAAGAGCAAGUUGUGUUGCCAUAUAUGGUGUAGCUAAAUGUGAUUUGUUUUCAGCCACUCGUCCUCACUCUGUUGCCUUAGCAACCAAUGAUUCACCAGCUGGUCUGGCGGCAUACAUCCUGGAGAAGUUUGCAAUGUGGAGUGGAUGUGAAAUGACAGAUACUGCAACUUGUUUAGAAUCUCGCUUUUCCAAAGAUGACUUGCUAACCAAUGUAAUGAUCUAUUGGGCAACGCACUCAAUAGCGUCGUCAAUGAGGUUUUAUUAUGAACAAAUGCACAGUCCUUAUCGACAUGUUUCAGCAAGGUUAGUGCCUUUAAAGGCCAGUCAAUCUUGUGAUCCAGGGGCGUAGCGUGAUGUCUUGAAGGUGCACGCGCGGAUAGAAAGGUUAGACCUCGGAAGGUACUGCAAACGAUGGGGAUCUGAGGGUAUACUCUCCAAGAAAAUGUUUCAAAUUUAGGGGCUCAGAAAUCAAUUUCUACGUUUUGCCCAGGACAUUUUCAAUAAAUAAAUACGAAGGAUAAUGCAAUAGUUUUUAAUUGGAAAAAAGUGUUAAACAGUGACGCCAUUUGGACGAGUAAAUGGGCUAUAAUAUGUGCCGCUGUGAAGGGUAUGGUUUUCAAGCAGUUUAAGGAUAGGGUAUUUAAUAGAAUUUUAUUUUUCAGAAAAAAGUUGGUUGAAGAUUUUUAAACAGUGAAACAGCCAUCAAUUUGGGAGUUUACUCUAGUAUAGGGUAGCAAAAUUCAUGAACUAGCUCUGGUAUAGGUUAAGGGUUCCAGGGACGGCACAUCCCCACCCAGAAAUUCAGACGGGACACCCUUCAGACAUCAAAUAUAAUGCGAAAGAUUUAUCAUUUAUCCCGAUUUAAUGAUAACGCUCCUUACCUCUGCUGGGAGGAGAUGUUUGUUUCGGCGAACGGAAGGUCAGACAAAAUUUUAAAUUCCCCACUUUAUACGUACUUUAUUAUAAACGAUAAGGGGACUCGUGCCAAAAAAGGAAGGGCUAUAUUACAGUCUACACACAGUUGGUAUGUCCUCAUUAGCGAGGUUGGAUUUCUCAGUGAGAAUCUGCCUAUUGGGCGAGAAACAAGUGUCCGUUAUCCGCAUUAACGGAUGUCCAUCUUAAGCGGGUCGAAGAGAAUUUGUAAGUGCCUUCCCUAGAGGUAAAGAAAACUGUCUGUAAUAACAAGGUGUCCGUAUAGAGUGGGUGGGUGUCCAUAAAGCGAGACUCGACUGUAAGGUAAUAUUGUCGCCUGGCCCUCACCUCCUUAAAUUUCAUUGUAAAAUUCAAGUGUCGGUAGGUAAUUGUCUUUUCGAUAUGGCGGUGAUUUGGUUGGUGGCGAAGUGACCGUAUACCAAUGCGACGUGUCGCUGCGACCUUUGUCAGCAACUUGUCGCCCAACCUGGAUACAAGUACUGGGGUCAAUUUAAUGACACUUUUACAACGGUAAUUUACAAGUCUAGCUAUUGUUGUUAGAUUCUAAAAUAAUGGCUACGAUUGUAAAUUAUUAUACUUUUAAAAGUUUGGUUGAAUUGACCCCUCAUUUGGCGCCUCGACGAGUCUGUGAACGCGGAUGUAUUUCCGGUUGUUACUUUUUUCCACCCGAAAUAAUUACUGCAAGCAAAAUAAUAAGAUAGUGAGUUACUUUUCGAGUGGAAAGAAGCCACGUCUGGAAAUACGUUUGCGUUCGCAUCCUACGCCGUGAUCUUUGUGCCGUGAGGAUUUUAAUUAAUUUUAUUUGCUUUGUGUCAUUCUACAGGUGUCCGAUAACAGUUCCUACAGGGCUGGCAGAAUUUCCCCACGAGAUUUUCCCCACUCCUAAACCCUGGGUUUACAACAUAUUUCUUGAUAUUGUACAAUAUUCUGAGCUUCCUCGGGGUGGACACUUUGCUGCUUUUCAAGAACCAGAGCUGUUUUCCAACGAUGUGAUCAUGUUUGUAGAAAAGGUUGAACAGCGUAUUGCAGCCAAAAAAGCCGAAGACACAGCUGAAUCUAAGUCUCAAUAAGUAUUGAUCAGCUGAUUGUCUUAGAGCAAAAAAACUAUAUAUCAAAGAAGUGGUUAUGGAUGAUUAACAAAGAUUAUUUUCCUGAUGUGCUCGUUUCAUAAUGCUUGCAGCAUGUGAAACACAUACGUUGUCAUCAAAAGAAUGACUCUUCUUAAAAUCUUUUGGUAAAGAAUGGUAUUUUUGGAAAUGUUUUUGUACUCAGCUUCCUACUGCUGUUUGAGUAACACAUAAAUAUACCGAAUCGGCACUCUAAAUCCCUACGGAAUCAAUCAACGCCCUUCACUCAACUGCAUGAAUGUCAAGUUAAUCAAGUUUCAACCAAAGGCGUCGCUCUUCGAAUAAAAACCACAAUAACCUCAGAGUCCCUUGAUUUUCACUCUACACUGACCAAGAGCUACCCUAUUCCAGGCGUUCAGUUAGUAGAGCGCGAGCUACUGUAGCCCUUUUCUAUCCUUUUACGACUAUGGUAAAUUGACUUUUAUCAAAAGUUGAUAAAACCAAAUUUUCAUGUUUUACUCCUCCACGUCGGGAGCAACACAGUUCCCGAGAUGAUCGUGUUGACAGGCUCUUUAAAAUAAUAAACAGAUAACUGAAAUGACUCACAAGUAUUUUUUUUUCCGAUUUGGGUGGAAAGAAUGUGGUAGUAAUAGCCAGGAGAUCGUAUAGACGGGUGAUCGUAAGGCUGGGUUCUACUGUAUUUGGUAGCAAGUGCAAGCUCUAGUUACGACAUUCUUCUUCUUGGAGGUGUGACGCUUACUGAUGCGGAACCUUUUUAGCCUUUUUAACCCUGCCUCCCAAUUUCCUGGCAAUGCCACUGCCCUCACUCGUCCCCAGGGCUUUUCCCUUAAAAAAUGGGUGGGGCCACCCAUUUUUUAAGGGGAAAGCCCUGGGGACGAGGUUGCACUGCCGUCUCCCACCUUUUGUUUGGCGCCAGACCAAAACCGGCAUGCUACGCAGGCUAGAGCCUUUUAUUUUGUAGUGAAUACCGGCUAUUCUUUGAGUUUUUACGGAGAGGGAAAUGAUCCGGUUGAAGCACGGCAAUAGAGCUAGAGCAAGACGAGCAAGCACUUCAGUUCCGACUAGAAAUGUCACUGACGAGUGUGUUUUCGUACUACAAAGCCAACAAGAGAGAGUUCUUCCCAGUAUUGAUCAGUAUUUAUAGGGUAAACGAAGGCCCAUCAGGUUCAGUCCCCAACCCUGUUACCCACAUACCAGACAGUGACCAGAUAUGUCAUUUCAUUCAUUGUCUAUUGGUAGCUGGAUAUACCAUGAGGUUUUUAACACUGUUCGCUUAAUAAUAACCUAAAGUCGUAAUAACGUAUGGCCCGGUCGAUUCAAUUACAAGUGUGCUCUCUCUCCGGUCAUUUGUCAUUUUUGCAUCGCUAGAACCCCAUAGUAGCAGACUCGUACCCAGUUUUGAGGGUGAAAGAAGAGUUGGGGUUAGGUUGAGGCGCGCGCGGGGUCUCAUGGGAAGGGACGGGUCGCUAUUUUUACUUCGUCCCUUCCCAUAAAAACCGCGCGCGCCUCAACCUAACCCCCACUCUUCUCUCACCCCCAAAACACAUGAAUAGCGACUGGGCACUCCGGGCACAAGGAUAAGAAGAACUCUUCUUAUCUUAAAAAAUAAUUCAGAAUGAAAACAAACUCAACAGCAAUAGUAGCCUGUGUAGUUGGCGGAAUUAUUUUUACUCUUGGUGGCUGACAUAUACCAUACCCUAGUCUCGGGAACAACCACUCCUGACACUGUGCCCGGCAUGCACAAAUGCCCUACGCUUAAUUGGAACUGGUCUGGUACUGACGUAUGGCGUUUCUAAGAGCCAGUAUUAGAAAUGAAAAAUAUGAAUGUUGGUCAUUACCAUUUUCUAAGUUUUUUUCAAUAGAAAAAGUGACAUCGCUUGUUGACGACAGGGGAACGUUGCUCAGGCGGGUUGAGACAGGCGUGUAUCCAGCCACGUCCCCUGAGCCCAGCUGUUCGAAGGCUGAGUAGCGUAAAUUCUAACCCGGACUUAAUGUUUCCUCUUCUUUUAAGAGCAUCUAAUCAUCAAAUUGCAGACCAAAGGGAAUUAAACUGAAUUUGCUUUGCAAGCUGUUAUAUCGCACUAACCUUAACCUAGCCUCCCCGCAGACGUCCGUUGGGGUUCGGUUGUCACGCAUUCAUUUCUCCCGCGUGACAACCGAACCCCAACGGACGUCUGCGGGGAGGCUAACCUUAACCCCGCCGUCUAUUAAAUAACCCGGACCAGUACCCCAGUUGGGUUUCGUACCUUGAUUGCGUGACUGUCACGAGAGAAAAGAGCGAGCGAAGUUUUACUAAUAAGAAAGGGAAGAAGCUACAAGACAAGCUACACUGAAGCUAGUGUUUUUUUGAGCAUAUUUUGCUUCCAGUACACUCAAAAAUGGGCUUCAAGACCUAUUGUGCGGUUUUUGUGGUGAUCGUCGGUAUCUCGAUCGUUGUUGUUCCUAUGCUAGUAAGCAAAUAUCUGUUCCCGACUGGCGAGGUGCCUCGAAUCGAUGAACAUGAAUGGUGGGGGAAAGGACAAGAGAGCGAGCAGAAAGAAGACACUUCUAUUAACCGAAUUUAUAUGAGUUUAUCGGAUGAAAUCCUGUCUGAUCUUAAGGACAGACUUUCUAAGACGUACUUCUUUGAAAACUUGGAGGGAAUUGAUUGGGAAUAUGGAAUAAACCCUGACUAUAUGAAACAACUUGUUGAAUACUGGAAAACAAAGUUUGAUUGGCGCAAACAGGAGACACUUAUUAACACUUAUCCUCAGUUUAAGACAAAGAUAAGCGGAAUAGAGGUUCACUUUGUGCAUUAUAAACCACAUCAACUCAAAGAAGGUCAGCGUUUGAUUGCUAUAAUGAUGGUGCAUGGAUGGCCUGGGUCAUUUUAUGAGUUCUACAAAGUCAUUCCAAAAUUGAUUGCUGCUUCCACAGAUGAUUAUGCCUUUGCAAUUAUCUGUCCGUCUAUACCAGGCUAUGGUUUGUCUGAAGCACCUCAUAAGCCAGGCUUUAAUUCAAUUUCUGCAGCUCGUGUUUUUACCAAGCUGAUGGAUCGGCUUGGAUAUGAGUCGUAUUAUGUUCAGGGCGGAGACUGGGGCAGUGUUAUCACUAGAGCAAUGGCAAUUAUGAAUCCAAGGUGAGAAAGGAAUAAUUUUGAAAAUAACAAGACUGCUGACUGCUUUUAAGCAAACAGUAACAGAGGGUAGGGUUGUGACUUAAGGUGGCCAGCACCCUUACUCUUAAUCGCUAUCAUAUAAGCCACAUAGGUUAUGUGCCGCCCCAAUGGGUGUUGUUUUUAUGCCAUUUUGGUCUGAAAAUGGGUAUAGACUUUGCCCAUCUUGGUAUGGAAUCGGGUAUAAGUUUUGAGGGAGUGUAUGAAUGUAAUUGUUGCCUCAAUUCCUGGUGAAGCGUUAUGCGAAUUUAAAAGGAUUGACAUUUUUUGGUCUGAGACAGGGUCAGGAUUGGAAAACUGGGCGACACACCCCCUCCAAGAAUACCCAGCAGCACCCUAAUUAUCCCAGGCAGUGUGGCCGAGUGGUCUACAUGUGAGACUUGUAAUCCGGCGAGUCUCACCCAACCUGCUGAGCUGGCCACUUGCUGGAUUUGUUCGUGGUUGUCCCGAGUCCAAAUCCUCAACCAGGCUUUCAAAUAACCAACUGGUUGCCUCCUAUCAGUUGGGGUUUUUCUAUUGGCAUUAUUUGUUCCUAAGUAUUUGAGUAGAGUGCCUGUAAACUAGCUGGAUAAGCUAAGUGCACCUCCCACUACAAACAAAUCUUAAACCUUUCUUCAACCUUUCAACCUUUAUAUAGAGUUAUGUCACAAGGAUAUCGCUGUUCUAGUGAUCAAUUCUGUGCUGAAGUUAUUACUUAGCUUUUAUUUACCCAUAAACAAAAUGCACCUGUAGAGUUUUGAAGAAGACUACCAAACAAAUUUCAUCAGGGAGCCCUGACCAUAAUAAUUUUUUGAUGAUUUUUGCAGUCACAGUAUUAAAACUUGAGAAAGUUAAUUUGGCCCACUUUUUUCAUAUUUCAAAGUGUUAACUGCUCAGCCACACAAGCCUCCACGUAAUUGUAGAAGGGCUUUAAUUUUACUGUCUGCAUUUGACGGGCAGGCCUAUAAUUAGAUUGUAUUGGAGGGUGUAACAAAAUACACAGUAGCCUGCAUGCGUAGCUGGCAGUUUUUUGGUGUUUUUUUUUUGUGUGUGUGUUUGAUAGACAUCUGCAUGCAAGGUCAAGAAGAAAACAUGUAAGAUCAAUCAAGCCCCUCACCCUCUUUCCCACUGCUUUCUUGUUUUACCUUGGCUCACUGCUUUCACACAGCUGAAUCUCAAUUUAUGAGCCAAAAACAAAAAAACCACCGGCUAUAUAUGCAGGGUACAAAACAUGUGGGAGAUAUGCCCUCCUCUCAAGCCAUUUGACCUAUUUUAAUUUUUCACCAGACAAAUUGAAGGUAAAAUCUUUACUUUAUCAGUGUAAUUUUUGUGGAUUUUCAAUGUACAUCUUCAAAUGAACUUUUUGUAAUAACAGGUUAAAGUUCCAUUUUCCCUUUAAAAAUAUAUAGUUUCUCAGGUCCAGCCCUUUUUGCAACUCCCAUAUGAUUGCAUAUCACUGACCCCUGCUUCCUGAUAGUCUACAAUCUAGCUACACAGAGACUAAUAUUCUGUUGUUUUUAUUGUAACUUUUAGCCACGUUCGAGGACUGCAUCUUAAUGUUAUUUUUGGAUCAGCUAUCAGCUCACCAUUUGCCUUAAUACAGGCAAAGCUUUUCUUCUCAGAGAAGGAACAGAAGAAAAUCUUCCCACUCCAGAAUUGGUUUUUCAAACUUCUGGCUGAGUCAGGUUAUUUUCACUUACAAGGUCAGUGCAAAGGGAAGUUAUUCCUGUUAAAUAAGGGCCUGUUUACAAUAUGAAGGGAGGAACAUUCUAGCACCAGGAAGAUCCAAGAAUGCGGAUCAUCCUAGUGUAUUCAGUUUACAUGCACAAACAAGCAACUGUCAAAACCAUCGAUCAUUUUAGGGGUAGAAUAAGAGAGUCUAUAUAGACUAAGAAUGAGCUUUUCUUUUCUGGAGAUUCAGAAAAGUGUAAAUUAAACUCAGAAAUAAAAUAUUGCAUCUCUCCCGAAUUAGUAAACAAGAUUUUAUGCAAAAUAAGAAUUAAGGGUUGUGGAUUCUUUUGUUUCCUGAAGUCACUCUAUUUGAGUUCAAUGUCUCAACAAUUUUGGUGCUGAUUGCUAUCCUGUUCCUUUCCUCUACUUAAUUUCUUCCUAGUUAUAAAUUACUUUAUGUUCUCCUCUGCCUGCCUCAAUAUGCCAAGCUGUUUUCGAGCAAAGGAUGUUUGUGUGUACAUGUAUGUUUUAAUUUUUUAAGAUCAAUAAACUUCACAAGGAUUUUCUUAGUAAUAGGAUCUUCCUAGCAGAGAGGUUAAGAAGAUCCUAGGACCAUGAAAACUUUUUUUUCUGGGAAGAUCCCAGCACUAGGGAGACAUCACACAAAAUGGAGGCUGGUUGUUCAGUGGAUAUAUAGCAGGCCAACCAUUUUGUUUGGCAUUACCACGCACUUAUAGUUGUGAUAAUUCUUAACUUAAAGAUGGAUAGUAACGCCAGUAAAGAAAGCAGAAAGGCCCAGAUUCCAUUGUUGUUAUAUUUUCGCCCUGGGUCUUUAAUUCCUUCUACACUUGGUAACCACACAUGGACCGAAAGUUUUGGAUGUAAACCCAACAAGACAUUGUUAGUUCUGCUUUCUAGGAAUCUUCCUGGUGCUAGGAUUUUCCUCUUUUCAUGUAAACAUUACCUACGUCUGUAUAAUUAUAAUGAUGUCACUAAAUGACUUUGUUUUUUUUUCAGCCACUCGUCCUCACUCUGUCGGCUUAGCAACCAAUGAUUCACCAGCUGGCCUGGCAGCAUACAUCCUGGAGAAGUUUGCAAUGUGGAGUGGAUGUCAAAUGACUGAUACUGCAAUGUGUUUAGAAUCUUGCUUUUCCAAAGAUGACUUGUUAACCAAUGUAAUGAUCUAUUGGGCAACCCACUCAAUUACAUCCUCAAUGAGGUUGUACUAUGAAGAAAUGCACAGUACCGAAGCGCAGCAUGCAGAAGGGUUAGUAACUGAGUUUAAGGGCACUAAAUCCAGGGAGAAGGAUCUUUGGGUAAUUAAAAAAGAGGUUUACAUUUUAGUGUAAAUUAUAAAAGGUUGGGAUGUUUUUUGGAAAUGUAGGAGUAAGUGUGAUUUGAAUGAUAUGAAGGGCAAGAAUCAGCCACAGGGGAUAAAUUUUGCAUAAGAUACCGUAAAAUUCCGAAAAUAAUUCUGGAGGGGCUUAUAUUCGGAGGGGCUUAUGUACGGAGGGAAAUUUGCGUUUCAAAAUCGAUUGGGCUAGCUUGUAGUAGGAGGAAAUUUACCAUUUUUGCUUUGUUUCACUUUGUAUUUGAGAGCAAAUUCCAUGUACAAGCCCCCCGGGUGGCUUAUAUUCGGAGGGGCGAUCUAACGGAGGGUUUUUUGCGUUACGAUUUUGAGGGGCUUAUACAUGGAGGGGCUUAUUUUCGGACUUUUACGGUGUUUAAUGUGGGAAGGUUUUUUUGUUGAGGGAAGAAUGAGGGUUAACUUGCACUGUAGCAGUAGUCUGUGGUUAUGAUUUUUCAGUAUAUACUUAGCUGGAUUUUCCCCACCAGCCCGACGUCUCAUUGGGCAGUAAAACUGUUUCCUUUCAAAAAUCUCUGAGAAAGCUCAAAACAUUGAAAUAUCCAUAAUGUCAGGGGGCACAUCAGGAAAGUUAAACUUGGAGAACCUGAAUUUUUUAAUGGGCCUUAAGCGGGUGGGAAGUUCACAAGUUAAAGACCUGACUGUGGAAAAGGAGAAGUUGAUAAUUAUAAGGGGAGUGAUGAAUUCCAGGUAAAUCACAUCAAUGUCGCCCUGCCUAGCCUCCCCUAGACUUUAAAGAGUCCCAUGUUUUUCACAGGGAUAGAAAAAAAUAACUUGAAUUACUUGCAAAAUAAGACAGCAUGUCUUUACCAAAUUCGACGCACGUAUAUGAGAAAUGUAAAAUGUAAAAAUAAAAAUGUUCUGGAAGUUUUAAAAUCCUCGAAAUAUAUUUCGCUCUUCGAGCCUCGUCAGUCCAAAAAAAAAAAUAAUAGAACCACCGAAACACCUGUACAUGCCAGAAAUCACCAAUCCUGUUUGCGUUUAUUGCCUGCUUUAAUUGCCAUCUCUGAUCCUGCUGGUACUUAACACAGGCUACUUGGGUAAGUUGUGGGAACAGGUUUUACAAAAAAAAAAAGAGAAAAAGAAGAAAGAAGAAAAAUACGCCAGAGAGGUCUGUUUUCAAUUUGUGUUUUGAACUAGGCAAGGAAAGAGGACCACGAUCCGGUUAAUCUAUGAAAACUUUCUUCAGUAAACAAUCAAUACUAAACGAUUUUAUGUAUUGUGAUAAUAGGGCCAUUUAUACGAGUAAAAAUAAGACGCGUCUUUCAUAAGACGCGUCUUAAAUAAGACGCCAACUUUCCGUAUAAACGGCACAUUUCGUCUAAAAUAAGACGCGGCUUAGCUAAGACGCGUCUUAUUAGAUAAGUCAUGCUCGUAUAAAUGGUACAGUUCGCGUCUUAUUUAAGACGCGUCUUAUUUUUCCUCGUAUAAAUGGCCCUAUUGUAGUAGUAAAUCUGUACUCCAUGCAUUUCCAUUGAAACAUUUACGAUUGCGUACAUACAUACUAUUGUACCAGCAUUGUAAGACUGGCCCUAUUUUUGUCCAGCAAUGCAUUAAAUUGAUGCUGUCCUGUGUUUUGAAGAUGCUUUUGAUUGUAAAAAAUGUUAUUUUUUCUUCAUCACUACAGGAUUCCAGUAACAGUUCCUACAGGGCUGGCAGAAUUUCCUCACGAGAUUUUCCUCACCCCUGAACCCUGGACGCACAGCUUAUUUCUUGACAUUGUGCAGUAUUCUGAGAUUCCUCGUGGUGGACACUUUGCUGCUUUCGAAGAGCCAGAGCUGUUCGCCGAUGAUGUGAUCAAGUUUGUAGAAAAAGUUGAAAAGCGUAUUGCAGCCAAAAAGGCCAAAGACACAACUGAACCUAAGUCUGAAUGAGUAUUGACCAGCUGAGCGCCGUCUUAGUAAAGCCUUUUUUUCCUAAUCUAGUUGCGGUUAAGCAUGUGCCACACAUAUUUUCUCAAUUUUUCAUUUAAAAAACGCAAUACACAUACACACCCAAAGAGGUUGUUACACCUGCAAAAUAUGGCUUUCGCUAAUCCCCAGCCUUCUCUUUCCCGGGGAACAAAGGCCGUUUCCCAUCCGGAUAUCAUUCUGGGAAGCUGAUAAAGUAGUCAGGAAUAGUAGAGCAAGCAACAUGCGCUGUCUUGUGUUGCGUUUUGGACGAGUAAAACCGAUAAUAGUAUGCAUAACUUAAAGAGUACAUCUUUGUAGUUUUGAGUCCACUAAACGUUAUGAACACCUGAGAGAGUAGCGCCGUUUUAGGCUUUCCUUUUUACUCGGUGUGUGAAACAAAUGCCGAAAAAGGCAUUUGUUCACUUCUUUACGUUAACGUUUGGUCUAGGGGAUAACCAUUUUAAAAGUGAUGGGGGAGGUGGGGUAAAACCAUGCAAAAAGAAAAAAAUUUUCAUUUUUGAAACCUCCCUCAGUAUUACAUUUAUCAAAAUGAAAAGUAUUUAAUAGUAUUGUCCCGAGUAUUGUAUGUCAUAUUAAAAUAAACUUGAGUAAAAAAAGUGACGCUGAAAGUACAAGUUUUGUAUUUUUACAAAAUCAAAGACGUGGAUUUGGAAUUGUAGCAUGCUGUUUAAAUUGUUUAUGUGACAAAGGUUUGAGAAAAUCACUGAAUAGUCUGUUAUUUCUUAAAGAUACAAUUUUUGUCUUUUAUAAAAUUAUUCCGGGAAUUAUUCUAUCGACAUGGCUUGAGGAAACCACAUUAUUGUUCCUGCUUAUUUAAUCCAAAUAUAAAAGUUUUCCUUCAGUGCCUGUAUAUUAUCUGCCGUUACAAAGGAAGUUUUUUUGAGGAAUGCUCAUUACAAUAUUAAUAGUCCUUGUUAGCGCUUUUUUCAGAAAUACAAUUUCGAUUGCGUAAUUGUUACUAUACGGUGCUAGGUAUAAAGGGUCGGUGUAAUGGCAUUAUUGGAGUUACGGGCAUUGUUUUAAGCGUAUUCACUUGUACAGGAACCACACCAACUAUUGAAAAUAAACAAGUCAACAAGCUGCUUUUAAUGCCACCUUGCGCAAAUUCUCAAGCAUUGAUUGCUUCAGUAUUUUUGUGCCUAGAGUGCGUGCAUUACUCGUCGCAUUGACAUAAGGUUCGAGCAAAAAUUUAUUAAAAAGAUACCGAUGCGAAAACGCAUCGUUAACCAUUGUUAUUUUUGUUUUGUUUCAAGCCUCCAAGGCCCUGUCUCCACGAAUCCGGACAUUAUUGAAACGUUUUAGGGGCCCGGAUUCGUGUGGAAAUCACUCUGGAAAGUCAAACAGACACGGUUUCAUUAGCGAGAAAAGCCGAUUUCGUGUAAGAAAUAUUUGCAGUUUUAAAAUAUCCGGAUCAGUUACGACUAGAUUCCCUUGUGUACGGUUUAUUGUUCGUGGGCUGAUCAUUUAUCAUCUGAUUGCUGUUUAUUUGUAAAGUCGGUAAAAAUAUUUCUCAAGUUGGAUUGAAUAUUAAUCUGGUUAGAGAACAAAUCUUUCUUCAACUUUCUGAGCUUUUCUAAUAACGGAAUAAAUGUCCACUAAGAAGUUGUGACUGCAUUUUUUGCUUUAUUCAGAAGGUAGUGGAAAUGCGGCUACAAUUCUUUGAUCACCAGUUUUCGCGUCACGGUUUUAUCGAGUCGGCAAAUUUUCUAUUGUGAAUGCGUCCAAUCAAAGCAUUUAUUGUUUAUUGAUGAAUUGAAAGCGCGGCCUUUUCCCACUGCAUUGUCAAAGCCCAGCAACGUUGCCUUAUACUUUAUGCAGUUAAAUUUAGGUCACUUUUAAAAAACCCCAUGAAGUCCCAUGCGUGUUCACCUUUUUUCCCAAGAGCCAAACUGAGCGAGUCGGCAAAUUUCAAAUGUGUCCAGUUUUAACUAUAAAAGUGUUGAUUACCAGUCGUUGAACCCUUAGUGCGUGCAUUUCUCGCAAUAUUGAGAUAACUUUUAUUAGAGCGUUUCUGGUGACUCAUUGUCAUAUUUUUAUACAAACAAAAAUAUUUCUCAUGUUGUAGCAACUGAAUUUUAAUCAAGCGAUCGUAUAAAUGAAGACACCAAUUUCUUGUUGAUUCAAACUGUUUUUAGUCAGAAAACUGGCCACAGUGAAGAUGAUCAAACACACUUUAAACGAUCCCUGGUGUAGAAGAAUUGUCAAGAUUGUCUUCUGCCUCUUCGAAUCCAGGUUUGUUCUUAGUUCGUAUUUUUUGUUUUGACAUUACUAAAUUAAACAAAUUACAGGCAGUAAAUCUUAUUGAUAAAAACGGUGCUAUCAGCCGAAAGUUGUACUCUUACAUGCUUAACUCAGUUUCUUAACAUAGCUAGCUGUGCAUGAUUCAUUUUGAGUGUUUGAUCCGUCAUCCAAAGUGUUCUGUGAACUUGCAAAACAGUUCCAGACUUCAGGCUACUGUUCAGUGCUUCGAUGAUACACAUGAAGGGCAAAACGUAACUAUAAGAAUUGUCACUGAACAAAGCAUCAAGAAACUUAGGUUGCCCCGUCGGAUAUGACUAUAGUUGGAAAUUUUUUGUAGCAAAAUAAAAAAUUUGGUAAUCGGUUGUACAGAGAACUCGUAUUACUUCAAAAGUUACAAAGGUUUUCUUUGACUCAAACAAUAUGCUCAGAAUAUUAUAUUUCUGUUUAGUUAACUACCAUUUGUGCUAUUUAAAGUGUCUGAAUAAUUGCCCUAUAUCAGUAAGACUUGAGGGUAAGUUAUAUGCGUCGAUGGCAAUGCCAUGCCAACAAACGUUCAUAAAAGGGUGGAAGUGCCUGCACUGGCUUGGGUUUAAUUGAGAGCGCUUUAGUUCAAUUUGGGAAUUAUCAUAGUACAUAAAAUAUUAUCACCCUUCCGCUUAAACAGAAAACGAAAUCUUCUCAGGGUUUGAAGCUUGGUUUUUCAGUUUUGUUAAGGUGGGGUAGCACAGUUUCUCUGACAUAAAGUUGCGCGCGCUGAGAAACUUCGCUGACGAAAUUGUUUCAGUGUGCACGUGAUCUAAAGAAAAGAUUUUAUCCCUCUACUGUUAACAUCUUUAUUAUGAUUACAUAUGCAGCCAAUGAGGUUUUCUAGAAAAAAUGCGAGUGCAAACUGAUGAAAAUUGCCAUAAGUUUUCUGUAGAAAUAUAUUCUGAUUUCGUCGCUUUUGUCAUAUCGCGUGACCCUGGUUAAGUAACCCAAGCGCACACAAUUGUUGAGCAUGCGUACUUAGGGAAAAUGUCAGAGCGCUUGUUUUAAAGACUUUCAAUAGACAAUGGAUAGAAACUACGAUUUCCUCAAAUCUACUUAAUAGAAUUCGACGAAUUUUGACAAAAAUUGGUAAAAUUAUUUAUUGUAACAGUGCACACUUAUUAGAAAAAUGAAAAAUGAAUAAUGAAUAAAUAAAAAAUGUGUCGAGAUGAGUGAUCUGUAUCAAAAGUUAAUUCAACUGUGUGAUAAUUCAUCAACCCAGCUGAUUUCUAGUUUGGAGUUUUAUUUAGAGAUGUCCAUAGGAUUGAAUUACUAUCCAAUGAUUUGUCAUAACUGCCAUUAAGUAUUCAAUAAAUUUUACAGCCUCCUUUUAUGUAAUCAAGAAUUAUUUUCCGUAGGUUUACCACGAAUGUGCUUCAGCUAAUUAUUAAUUAUCAGCUAAUUUGGUCUUGCCAUGUUCAAACUUUAAGAUUGUACUUGUCGUGUAAUUUAAGAUUUUUGCGAUGAGCAGAGAGUUUGAUCGUAUUUAGGGCCGGGAAGAGUAUUACAUCUGCAGUUAAAUUAAACACUGCUCCGUAACGUUUCAGUUGACAGUAAAGACUAACUAAAAAAUGGUUUGGAGAAAAUACUAUAGUAAGAAAAUAACAUCAAAGUAAAGGUUAUAUAAUACUUGCAAUGAUUUGAAAUGGUAGUAAUAAGAACAAAUGCUAAAACUUGUUAUUUUUUUGCAGGAUUACAGAAUUAUGCCAGGAACAAACAAUGCUAUGCAAGACAGUCUUCAAAAAAGAAACAAUAAAAUUUUAAAACUGCCGCCGUCCUUAACAGGAUUUUGCAGCCAACUUCUUUGUCUAUGUUCUUGAUUAUUUUUACAUGCCAAACCUGUGGUAAGUGUUCUUUCUAUGAAUUAAGACAAUCAGAUAAGCGGAAUAUCUAUAAAACAUUUUUCGAUCAUUUACAGGAGCAAGCUUUUUCCACAUUGAUAUCUAAAAAUUUUUCUUUAAGACACCACAGGUUCAGGUAUCUUUAAUACAACUAUUUCCGUUUGCCUUUACGUAGGCUACCGACAGGCGUACACAUGUAAUGCACAGUUCAAUUGUUUUUACACCAGAAGGUAGUUAUUAUUGGUACCUGAGUAGAAAUAUAGGUUAUUAUUCAAAAUAAUAGCCCUUACUUCAUACUCAGAGAUGCUUUUGCAUCCCUUAGAAAUAAUUACCAGUUAAAAACAAAGUUAAACAAAUAUAUUUGCAUUUCAAAUCUGAUUAUGUAAAUAUAAAAAGAGAAAAGAAGAUUUAAAAAAAUUCAACCAACAAACCACACAAGUGAUGAAAAACGAGGAAGGUACGUACAAACAAGAUAAGUUUCUUUCAAAUAAAUUAAGCCCAAGGGACUGGGGGUGGACCCGGUGAGGGGGAGCGCCCAAGGGACUGGGGGUGGACCCGGUGAGGGGGAGCGCCCAAGGGACUAGGGGUGGGGGCUCAGAAAUCAAUGUCUGCGUUUUCCGUAGGACAUUUUCAGUAAAUGAAUACGAAGGAUAAUGCAAUAGUUUUUAAUUAGAAAAAUGGGUUAAACAGUGACGCCAUCAAGGAGGUUACAAGCAAUGGACGAGACGUACCCUUCAGACGGGCAAAUACAUCAAUAUAAUGCGAAAGAUUUAUCAUUCAUCCCGAUUUAAUGAUAACGCUCCUUACCUCUGCUGGGAGGAGAUGUUUGUUUCGGCGAACGGAAGGUCAGACAAAAUUUUAAAUUCCCCACUUUAUACGUACUUUAUUAUAAACGAUAAGGGGACUCGUGCCAAAAAAGGAAGGGCUAUAUUACACAGUCUACACACAGUUGGUAUGUCCUCAUUAGCGAGGUUGGCUUUCUCAGUGAGAAUCUGCCUAUUGGGCGAGAAACAAGUGUCCGUUAUCCGCAUUAACGGAUGUCCAUCUUAAGCGGGUCGAAGAGAAUUUGUAAGUACCUUCCCUAGAGGUAAAGAAAACUGUCUGUAAUAACAAGGUGUCCGUAUAGAGUGGGUGGGUGUCCAUAAAGCGAGACUCGACUGUAAGGUAAUAUUGUCGCUUGGCCCUCACCUCCUUAAAUUUCAUUGUAAAAUUCAAGUGUCGGUAGGUAAUUGUCUUGUCGAUAUGGUGGUGAUUUCGUUUGUGGUGAGGUGACCGGAUACCAAUGCGACGUGUCGCUGCGAACUUUGUCUGCAACUUGCCGCCCAACCUGGAUACAAGUACUGGGGUCAAUUUAAUAAAACUUUCACAAGGGUAAUUUACAAGUGUAGCUAUUGUUGUUAGAUUCUAAAACAAUGGCUACAAUUGUAAAUUAUUAUACUUGUAAAAGUUUGGUUGAAUUGACCCCUCAUUUGUCACCGCGACGAGUCUGUGAACGCGGAUGUAUUUCCGGUUGUUGCUUUUUUCCACCCGAAAUAAUUACUGCAAGCUAAAUAAUAAGAUAGUAAGUUACUUUCCGAGUGGAAAGAAGCCACGUCUGGAAAUACGUUUGCGUUCGCAUCCUACGCCGUGAUCUUUGUGCCGUGAGGAUUUCAAUUAAUUUCACUUGCUUUGUGUCAUUCUGCAGGUGUCCGAUAACAGUUCCUACAGGGCUGGCAGAAUUUCCCCACGAGAUUUUCCCCACUCCUAAACCCUGGGUUCACAACAUAUUUCUUGAUAUUGUGCAAUAUUCUGAGCUUCCUCGUGGUGGACACUUUGCUGCUUUUCAAGAACCAGAGCUGUUUUCCAACGAUGUGAUCAUGUUUGUAGAAAAGGUUGAACAGCGUAUUGCAGCCAAAAAGGCCGAAGACACAGCUGAAUCUAAGUCUCAAUAAGUAUUGAUCAGCUGAUUGUCUUAGAGCAAAAAAACUAUAUAUCAAAGAAGUGGUUAUGGAUGAUUAACAAAGAUUAUUUUCCUGAUGUGCUCGUUUCAUAAUGCUUGCAGCAUGUGAAACACAUACGUUGCCAUCAAAAGAAUGACUCUUCUUAAAAUCUUUUGGUAAAGAAUGGUAUUUUUUGAAAUGUUUUUGUACUCAGCUUCCUACUGCUGUUUGAGUAAAACAUAAAUAUACCGAAUCGGCACUCUAAAUCCCUACGGAAUCAAUCAACGCCCUUCACUCAACUGCAUGAAUGUCAAGUUAAUCAAGUUUCAACCAAAGGCGUCGCUCUUCGAAUAAAAACCACAAUAACCUCAGAGUCCCUUGAUUUUCACUCUACACUGACCAAGAGCUACCCUAUUCCAGGCGUUCAGUUAGUAGAGCGCGAGCUACUGUAGCCCUUUUCCAUCCUUUUACGACUAUGGUAAAUUGACUUUUAUCAAAAGUUGAUAAAACCAAAUUUUCAUGUUUUACUCCUCCACGUCGGGAGCAACACAGUUCCCGAGAUGAUCGUGUUGACAGGCUCUUUAAAAUAAUAAACAGAUAACUGAAAUGACUCACGAGUAUUUUUUUUCCGAUUUGGGUGGAAAGAAUGUGGUAGUAAUAGCCAGGAGAUCGUAUAGACGGGUGUUCGUAAGGCUGGGUUCUACUGUAUUUGGUAGCAAGUGCAAGCUCUAGUUACGACACUCUUCUUCUUGGAGGUGUGGCGCUUACUGAUGCGGAAACCUUUUUAGCCUUUUUAACCCUGCCUCCCAAUUUCCUGGCAAUGCCACUGCCCUCACUCGUCCCCAGGGCUUUUCCCUUAAAAAAUGGGUGGGGCCACCCAUUUUUUUAAGGGGAAAGCCCUGGGGACGAGGUUGCACUGCCGUCGCCCACCUUUUGUUUGGCGCCAGACCAAAACCGGCAUGCUACGCAGGCUAGAGCCUUUUAUUUUGUAGUGAAUACCGGCUAUUCUUUGAGUUUUUACGGAGAGGGAAAUGAUCUGGUUGAAGCACGGCAAUAGAGCUAGAGCAAGAUGAGCAAGCACUUCAGUUCCGACUAGAAAUGUCACUGACGAGUGUGUUUUCGUACUACAAAGCCAACGAGAGAGAGUUCUUCCCAGUAUUGAUCAGUAUUUAUAGGGUAAACGAAGGCCCAUCAGGUUCAGUCCCCAACCCCGUUACCCACAUAUCAGACAGUGACCAGAUAUGUCAUUUCAUUCAUUGUCUAUUGGUAGCUGGAUAUACCAUGAGGUUUUUAACACUAUUCGCUUAAUAAUGACCUAAAGUCGUAAUAACGUAUGGCCCGGUCGAUCAAUUACAAGUGUGCUCUCUCUCCGGUCAUUUGUCAUUUUUACAUCGCUAGAACCCCAUAGUAGCAGACUCGUACCCAGUUUUGAGGGUGAAAGAAGAGUUGGGGUUAGGUUGAGGCGCGCGCGGGGUCUCAUGGGAAGGGACGGGUCGCUAUUUUUACUUCGUCCCUUCCCAUAAAAACCGCGCGCGCCUCAACCUAACCCCCACUCUUCUCUCACCCCCAAAACACAUGAAUAGCGACUGGGCACUCCGGGCACAAGGAUAAGAAGAACUCUUCUUAUCUUAAAAAAUAAUUCAGAAUGAAAACAAACUCAACAGCAAUAGCAGCCUGUGUAGUUGGCAGAAUUAUUUUUACUCUUGGUUGCUGACAUAUACCCUACCCUAGCCUCGGGAACAACCACUCCUGACACUGUGCCCGGCAUGCACAAAUGCCCUACGCUUAAUUGGAACUGGUUUGGUACUGACGUAUGGUGUUUCUAAGAGCCAGUAUUAGAAACGAAAAAUAUGAAUGUUGGUCAUUACCAUUUUCUAAGUUUUUUUCAAUAGAAAAAGUGACAUCGCUUGUUGACGACAGGGGAACGUUGCUCAGGCGGGUUGAGACAGGCGUGUAUCCAGCCACGUCCCCUGAGCCCAGUUGUUCGAACGGCUGAGUAGCGUUAACCCCGGGGUAAAUUCUAACCCGGACUUAAUGUUUCCUCUUCUUUUAAGAGCAUCUAAUCAUCAAAUUGCAGACCAAAGGGAAUUAAACCGAAUUUGCUUUGCAAGCUGUUACAUGUUAUAUCGCACUAACCUUAACCCCGCCGUCUAUUAAAUAACCCGGACCAGUACCCCAGUUGGGUUUCGUACCUUGAUUGCGUGACUGUCACGAGAGAAAAGAGCGCGCGAAGUUUUACUAAGAAGAAAGGGAAGAAGCUUCAAGACAAGCUACACUGAAGCUAGUGGUUUUUUGUCCAUAUUUUGCUUCCAGUACACUCAAAAAUGGGCUUCAAGACCUGUUGUGCGGUUUUUGUGGUGAUCGCCGGUAUCUCGAUCGUAGUUAUUCCUAUGCUACUAAGCAAAUACCUGUUCCCGACUGGCGAGGUGCCUCGGAUCGAUGAACAUGAAUGGUGGGGGAAAGGACAAGAGAGCCGCGAGCAGAAAGAAGACACUUCCAUUAACCGAAUUUAUAUGAGUUUAUCCGAUGAAAUCCUGUCUGAUCUUAAGGACAGACUUUCUAAGACGUACUUCUUUGAAAACUUGGAGGGAAUCGAUUGGGAAUAUGGAAUAAACCCUGACUAUAUGAAACAACUUGUUGAGUACUGGAAAACAAAUUUUGAUUGGCGCAAACAGGAGACACUUAUUAACACUUAUCCUCAGUUCAAGACAAAGAUAAGCGGAAUAGAGGUUCACUUUGUGCAUUAUAAACCAGAUCAACUAAAAGAAGGUCAGCGUUUGAUCGCUAUAAUGAUGGUGCAUGGAUGGCCUGGGUCAUUUUAUGAGUUCUACAAAGUCAUUCCAAAAUUGAUUGCUGCUUCCACAGAUGAUUAUGCCUUUGCAAUUGUCUGCCCCUCUAUACCAGGCUAUGGUUUGUCUGAAGCUCCUCAUAAGCCAGGCUUUAAUUCAAUUUCUGCAGCUCGUGUUUUUACCCAGCUGAUGGAUCGGCUUGGAUAUGAGUCGUAUUAUGUUCAGGGCGGAGACUGGGGCAGUAUUAUCACUAGAGCAAUGGCAAUUAUGAAUCCAAGGUGAGAAAGGAAUCAUUUUAACAAUGACAAGACUGCUGACUGCCUUUAAGCAAACAGUAACAGAGUGUAGGGUUGUGACUUAAGGUGGCCAGCACCCUUACCCUUAAUCACUUAUUAUAUAAGCCAAAUAGGUAUAUAAUUAUGUGCCGCCCCAAUGGGUGUUGUUUUUAUGCCAUUUCGGUCUGAAAAUGGUUAUACACUUUGCCCAUCUUGGUAUGGAAUCAGGUAUGGGUUUUGAGGGAGUUAUGGGAGUGUAUGAGUGUAAAUUAUUGUUGCUUCAACUCCAAGUGAAUAAGAAAGAAAGAGUGAUAUGCGAAUUUAAAAUCGGUUGACAUUUUUUGGUCUGAGACAGGGUCAGGAUUGGAAAACUGGGCAACACACCCCCUCCAAGAAUACCCAUCAUCACCCUAAUUAUCCCAGGCAGUGUGGCGGGGUAGUCUGCAUGUGAGACUCGUAGUCCGGCGAGUCUCACCCAGCCUGGCCACUUGCUGGAUUUGUUCUUGGUUGUCCCGAGUUCAAAUCUUCAACCAGGCUUUCAAAUAAUCAACUGGUUGCCACCUAUCAGUUGGGGUUUUUCUAUUGACAUUAUUUGUUCCUAAGUAUUUGAGUAGAGUGCCUGUAAACUAGCUGGAUAAGCUAAGUGCACUUCCCACUACAAACAAACCUUAAACCUUUCUUUAAUCUUGUAACCUUAUAGAGUUAUGUCACAAGGAUUAUACCCUUGCGAAAUGGAAUUGAGAAUUCCUAGGAAUUCCUAGGAUUUUCCUAAGAAUUCCUAAGAAUUUAUUCUUAGGAAUUCUUAGGAAUUCUUAAGAAUUCCUAGGAAUCAAGGUGUGAAAUUUCACGGUAAUUGGAACAUGGAAUUCCUAAGAAUUCCUAGGAAUUCCAAGCUUUGCUCACCCAUCAGUUGGCUUGGAAAAUAUUCCUAGGAAUUCUUAGGAAUUCCUAGGAAUUGAAAGAAUAUAAACAGAAUGAUUACUUCUUAGGAAUUCCUAGGAAUUUCCUAGGAAUUCCUAGGAAUUCCUUGGAAAAGCUUGGAAUAGCUAGGUCAAUAGGGAUUGAAAGAAUAUAAACAGAAUGAUUACUUCUUAGGAAUUCCUAGGAAUUUCCUAGGAAUUCCUAGGAAUUCCUUGGAAUAGCUUGGAAUAGCUAGGUCAAUAGGGAUGUAACAAAUCGACCUGCUGCCGGAAUCAAGGGAUAUUCGAAUCAAAAACUGAUUUGCAUUUAAACCCUUAUGCUAAGGAAGUUAAUACUAGAGGUUGCUAUUUUGCUCUCCGAACCAGAAACCCAUAAGGCAAAUGUACAAAAACUGAAGCAAUGUUUAUUCCAGCAAUAACUGAAAAAUGGCUCUCCAUGUUAACAAAAAAUACUUCUUCUGCUUUACCUUGACUUAAAAAUUUCACUGCACUGAUCGUUUAAAUGUUCCAAAAAUUACAACAGUGACCUCAAAAAAUCAAAUUUAAGACAAUGACUUUUGUGAAGUAGGAAUCAAAUAAUUCAGUAUAAUGACUGUGGUCCUUAUAUACAUAUGAACAAACUUAGAUAUAGAUAUACUUACUUACACAUAGAUAUACAUGUAGUGUAAAGUAAACUAUCGCUAUAGUCAUGAUUGAAAAAAAAAAUGUAAAACAUAACCUGUUCAGGUGGAAUCUCUAGAUAGUGAGAUAAUGUAAAGUAACAUAUACCUACAGUCAUGAUUGAAAAAAAUAUAUAAAAACAUACCCUGUUGGUGGAAUCUACAGAUAGUGUUUGUUUUUAAUCCAAAUGACAACAUCAGCUGAACAUUCUCUUUUUCGUAAUUUAUUUUACCCAACAUACACAUCACCACAUUCCACACACAUGCAUGUAAAUAAACAUCUUUGAAUAAUUAAUACAGUGCAUGAAUAUGAAAAAAAGCUAAAUGACUGCUUUUUCCAAUGUCGCCGAUGCAGCCUUCUGAACUGAAGGUCCACACAUCAGGCAAGUGCUAGUGCUAGUUGUUUUUGACCUUAAUAUUGCAGCGAUUACUAAGACUACAUGUACCACAAGCAUUUAAUAUAAAACCUUAUGCAACUUAUACUAUGAAUUAAAGUUCAAAUGAACAAACCUACCGGCUGUAUUCUAAUAUUUUAUAUGUAAGUUCAAGUCUCAAGUCCUUAUAAAUUAACUGGAAAUUUCAUUGCUUCUAACUUGUAUAAGUAGCCAUUAUGCUAUUUCUUCUCCUAUUUUAUCUAACAUUGGUCUUGACAAGUCUGCUAUAACCUUGUAGCGCCAGAACAUACAGUUUUCAGAGUAUUCCACUGACUAUUUGCAACAAAGAGUACAGUUCUUUCGAUCUGCAGUAAACAAAAAGCAGCAAAAAGGGAUCUGAUCAAUGGCAUAUCUUCGCAUGCAUCUUUCAACUUUGUAAGCUUAUUUACGCAAAGUUAUCAGAAAACAUACCUUUCCACAUUAAUCCAGCUGAGUAAACUCACUUGCAAACAUGCUUUAUGUGAACACAAACUUCGCAAUUGAUCAAUUUGUCUCGAAAAUAACAUGGAUAAUAGAAAGACAGUCUUACGAAAAUACUUUGUUGCUUGUGAAGUCCGCGUGAAUUUGAACUAUUCAACGGAAGUUCAUUUGGCACUUUUCUAUUGGUUCAAGAGUCACACGUGACAAAGUAAAUCAAAUCGCGCAUGUGGCAAAGGCACGCGUGGAAGCCUGGGAAACAAGAAAACAUGGCGGCUAAUCUCGUCUUGCGAGGUCCAUCUUGCGAAGUGCUCCCGUUUGGGUCGAAAUAGCAGUUAUUUUCAACGUUAAUUAAGAUGAAGCAACGCAUUUGAAGUGUUAAAAGCAAGAAGUAAACUUAACGCUGUUCUUUUAAGUUGGGAAAGAAAAUGUUGGACCACAUUAUCAAUCAAAGAACUGCGACGAAAAACGUGUUGUGGCCGUUGUUCCGGGCUUGGCCGGGCUUGCCAUGCUUUUGACUGCACUCCUGAUGCAAGGGUUGAAGGGAAUCAAGACAGCCCAUGUCUUGUGCGUUUGCCUAAUUUCCGUGGAGUAUGUGGAUAAACAACGUACAUUUCAGACUGGAAAUGCACUUCAUAUUUUUAAAAACGAGACUUCUCAUUUCAGACAACAUUUUGUACUGAAAGUGUACUGGACAUGUAACAGCUUUAAAUAUUUAUUGCUGUAAUAUGCUGUAAUAAUGUAAUUUAGAUACGUUAAAUUGUUAUCUUAAUUUAAAUACUGGUUGGAGGUUUGUGAACAGCAUUCGCCACAUGUCAGCAUUACCAUAUUUAAGGUAACAUUGAGUUGAAUAUAAGAAUGUAAGUAUAGAAGUAUACAUUACCAGUAUGUUCUGUAUUAUAAGUUUAGAAUUGUUUCAGUGCAAUCACUUAAAAUUAAAAUGUGAAAAAAUAAGAAAAGACUACAAAAUCUUCUACAAUUUUUAGUCUUUCUGAUUUUUAAACAUCCCUGAGCUGAAUUCCUAAUUUGCAUAACUUAGAAUUCCUAGGAAUUCCCAGGAAUUCCAAGCCCAGUUGGCCUGAAUUUUUCUAUUCCCAGAAAUUCUCAACAAUUCUUAAGCUUCUAAAAUUGUAACACUUAGAAUUCCUAGGAAUUCCUAGGAAUUCCAAGCCUAGAGUGAGACCUAAUUUGCCAUUCCCAAAAAUUCUCAAGAAUUCCAAGCUUAUUUGAUGAAGGCUGAUUUGCAUAGUUGGGAAUUUUUGGGAAUUCCUAGGAAUUCUCAAGAAUUCCUAGGAAUUCCCAGAAAGCUGGGAAUUCAUUUCGCAAGGGUAUCGCUGUUCUGGGGAUCAAUUCUGUGCUGAAGUUAUUACUUAGCUCUUACCCAUAAACAAAAUGCACCUGUAGAGUUUUGAAGAAGACUAUCAAACAAAUUUCAUCAGGGAGCCCUGACCAUAAUAAUUUUUUGAUGAUUUUUGCAGUCACAGUAUUAAAACUUGAGAAAGAUAGCCCACUUUUUUCAUGUUUCGAGUUGUUAACUGCUCAGCCACACAAGCCUCCACGUAAUUGUAGAAGGGCUUUAAUUUUACUGUCUGCAUUUUUGAAGGGCAGGCCUAUAAAUAAAUUGUAUUGGAGGGUGUAACAAAAUACACUAGCCUGCGUAGCUGGCAGUUUUUUUGUGUUUUUUUUGUGUGUGUGUUCGAUAGACAUCUGCAUGCAAGGUCAAGAAGAAAACAUGUAAGAUCAAUCAAGCCCCUCGCCCUCCUCUUUGACUUUCCCAUUGCUUUCUUGUUUUACCUCGGUUCACUGCUUUCACACAGCUGAAUCUCACUUUAUUAGCCAAAAACGAAAAACCACCGGCUAUAUAUACAAGCUACAAAACCUGUGGGAGAUAUGCCCUCGUCUCAAGCCAUUUGACCUAUUUCAAUUUUUCACCAUACAAAUUGAAGGUAAAAUCUUUACUUUAUCAGUGUAAUUUUUGUGGAUUUUCAAUGUACAUCUUCAAAUGAACUUUUUUUAAUAACAGUUUAGUUCCAUUUUCCCUUUGAAAAUAUAUAGUUUCUCAAACCCGGCCCUUUUUGCAACUCCCAUAUGAUUGCAUAUCACUGACCCCUGCUUUCUAUUAGUCUACAAUCUGGCUACAUAUAGUCUAAUAUUCUGUCGUUUUUAUUGUAAUGUUUAGCCACAUUCGAGGACUGCAUCUUACUCAUGUUAUUUUUGGAUCACCUAUGAGGUCACCAUUUGCCUUAAUACAGGCAAAGCUUUUCUUCUCAGAGAAGGAACAGAAGAAAAUCUUCCCACUCCAGAAUUGGUUUUUCAAACUUCUGGCUGAGUCAGGUUAUUUUCACUUACAAGGUCAGUGCAAAGGGAAGUUAUUCCUGUUAAAUAAGGGCCUGUUUACAAUAUGAAGGGAGGAACAUUCUAGCACCAGGAAGAUCCAAGAACGCGGAUCAUCCUGGUGUAUUCAGUUUACAUGCAAAAACAAGCAACUGUCAAAACCAUGGAUCAUUUUUAGGGUUAGAAUAAGACAGUCUAUAAGGACUUAAAGAAUGAGCUUUUCUUUUCUGGAGAUUCAGAGAGUAUGAAAUUCAACACAGAAAUAAAAUAUUGCAUCUCUCUUGAAUUAGUAAAAGAAAAUUAUUUUAAUCGCAAUAGUACUUUAUGCAAAAAUGUAUGCAAUACAUGUAUGAAGAAGACAUGGGAAGGUAUAAAUGUGUUAAUCAGUCAUCAAAAAAGUAACAUUAAGCAAUCUCUCGUAUUAAGUGCCCCAAUAACACUGUUACCGCCAAACAACUGGAAAUUCCAAAUACCCUUAACAAACAUUUUGCUUAAUCUGUCAUAUAUUUUAUAACUCAGUCCAUCUUCUUGUGUCAUUUAUAUAGAUGUAUCUUCAAUCGGUGACAGAAUUAGUUGAGUCACUUUUCCCUAAAGAGGCCAGCUUUCUGACGUUUCACUGACUUCAAAAGGGGAAAAUAAAACUUUUCCUUCCCCAAUCCCGUCAUGCAAUGUUGUGCCACUUUUUGAGCUACCUAUAGAAAACAGUCACCCCAACUUUGAAUGGAGGGCAGGGGGGAGGGGUGUGGAUUCUUUUGUUUCCUGAAGUUACCCUAUUUGAGUUCAAUGUCUCAACAAUUUUGGUGCUUAUAUUGCUAUCCUAUUCCUUUCCUCUACUUAAUUUCUUCCUAGUUAUAGAUUACUUUAUGUUUUCCUCUCCCUGCCUCAAUUAGCCAAGCUAUUUUCGAGCAGAGGAUGUUUGUGUGUACAUGUAUGUUUUAAUUUUUUAAGAUCAAUAAACUUCACAAGGAUUUUCCUGGUAAACGGAUCUUCCUAGCAGACAACCAUUUCGUUUGGCAUUACCACGCACUUAUAGUUGUGAUAAUUCUUAACUUAAAGGUGGAUAGUAUCACCAGUAAAGAAAGCAGAAAGGCAGAAAGCAGAAAGUUAUAUUUUCGCCCUCCAUAUUUAAUUCCUUCUACACUUGGUAACUACACAUGGACCAAAAUUUUUGGAUGUAAACCCAACAAAAAGUUGUCAGUUCUGCUUUCUAGGAUCUUUCUGGUGCUUACAUCUGUGUAAUUAUAAUGAUGUCACUAAAUGACUUUGUUUUUUUUUUUUCAGCCACUCGUCCCCACUCUGUCGGCUUAGCAACCAAUGAUUCACCAGCUGGCCUGGCAGCAUACAUCGUGGAGAAGUUUGCAAUGGGGAGUGGAUGUCAAAUGACUGAUACUGCAAUGUGUUUAGAAUCUUGCUUUUCCAAAGAUGACUUGUUAACCAAUGUAAUGAUCUAUUGGGCAACCCACUCAAUUACAUCCUCAAUGAGGUUGUACUAUGAAGAAAUGCACAGUGCCGAAGCGCAGCAUGCAGCAGAAGGGUUAGUAACUGAGUUUAAGGGCACUAAAUCUAGGGAGAUGGAUCUUAGGGUACUUAAAAAAAAGGUUUACAUUUCAGUGUAAAUUAUAAAAGGUUGGCAUGUUUGGAAGUGUAGGAGUAGUGUGAUUUGAAUGAUAUGAAUGGCAGGAAUCAGCCUCAGGGGAUAAAUUGUGCAUAUGAUAUUUAAUGUGGGAAGGUUUUGUUGUUGAGGAAAGAAGGAGGGUUAACUUACACUGUAGCAGUAGUUUGUUGUAUUUUUAUGUACUUAGCUAGAUUUUCCCCACCAGCACACCUUACGCAUUGGGCAGUAAAACUGUUUCCUUUCAAAAGUCUUGGAGAAAGCUCAAAACAUUGAAAUAUCCAUAAUGUCAGAGGGUACAUCAGGAAAGUUAAACUUGGAGAACGUGAAUUUUUUAAUGGGCCUUAAGCAGGUGGGAAGUUCACAAGUUAAAGACCUGACUGUGGAAAAGGAAAGGUUGAUAAUUAUGAGGGGGUGAAGAAUUCCAGGUAAACCACAUCAAUGUCGCCUUGCCUAGCCUCCCCUAGACUUUAAAGAGUCCCAUGUUUUUCACAGGGAUAGAAAAAAAUAACUUGAACUACUUGCAAACUAAGACAUCACGUCUUUACCACAUUAGACGCACGUAUAGGAAAUUGAAAAUGUUCUAGAAGUUUUAAAGUCCUCUUCGAGCCUCGUCAGUCAAACAAAAAAUAGAACCACCUAAACACCUGUACAUGCCAGAAAUCACCAGUCCUGCUAGUGUUUAGUCCCUGCUUUAAUUGCCAUCUCUGAUCAUGCUGGCACUUAAUACAGGCUACUUGGGUAAGUUCUGGGAACAGGUUUUACAAAAAAAAGAAAACAGAAAAAGAAGAAAGAAGAAAAAUAUGCCAGAGAGGUCUGUUUUCAAUUUGUUUUUUGAACUAGGCAAGGAGAGAGGACCACGAUCAGUUAAGCUAUGAAAACGUUCUUCAGUAAACAAUCAAUACUAAACGAUUUUAUGUAUUGUGAUUUUGUAAUAGUAAAUCUGUACUCCAUGCGUUUCCAUUGAAACAUUUACGAUUGCGCACAUACAUCCUAUUGUACCAGCAGUGUAACACUGGCCUAUUUUUGUCCAGCAAUGCAUUAAAUUGAUGCUGUCCUGUGUUUUGAAGAUGCUUUUGAUUGUAAAAAAUGUUAUUUGUUUUCAUCACUACAGGAUUCCAAUAACAGUUCCUACAGGGCUGGCAGAAUUUCCUCACGAGAUUUUCCUCACCCCUGAACCCUGGACGCACAGCUUAUUUCUUGACAUUGUGCAGUAUUCUGAGAUUCCUCGUGGUGGACACUAUGCUGCUUUUGAAGAGCCAGAGCUGUUCGCCGAUGAUGUGAUCAAGUUUGUAGAAAAAGUUGAAAAGCGUAUUGCAGCCAAAAAGGCCAAAGACACAACUGAACCUAAGUCUGAAUGA